GAGCGCAGUGUGACACGUGAAAGGGGCUCGGAGUGAGCGGGCUUUAAACGACGCCGCCUUCCUGACAUCACAAGGCAGGGUGGGUGCGACCUAAUAAACCUGGGCUCGCUAUCCGGCGCUCCUCGCUCUGCAGUGAAUCGGACCGAUCGGAGGCGGGGGACGCGUCGCUCCUCGGCAAAGGCAGUGCGUCCUUGGGAAGUACGCUCCGGGAAGCGAUCUGUUUCCUUUACAUAUCUGAAGCAUCAACCCACCAGUCGUUCCCCUGACGCCGCGUCUCACUUGCUCGCUUAAUUAAAAGGCGUCACCUGGUUCUGCUCAGUUCAACUCUCGCUGGAUCCCGUUUAACGUACAAGAGGCUUGGAAAUAAGAACUGGACGUUAAACAUGUUUUCACUAGCAAUUCUGCUGUGUGUUUUCAGUCGAGUGGCCUGCCUGCCUCUGCAGGACGCAAAGGUGACCGACUGCAUCAUGCACAUCCACUUGGCCACUCUAAAUGCUGAUGGGAACAUUCUGCCUGCCGGCUGCAAACCACAGCCAGACGCUCCGCUGACAGCUGCGAAGAGGCACCAUGCGCUGCUGAGAGAACUGCAGGAGCUGGCGGAUAGCGAAAAGAAAAAAGAGAACCAUGAGUAUGAUGGGAGAGAGGUAGGGGAGGAGAGAGAUGGUGAAAGAGAAGAGAAAGAGGGUGACAAAACUGUGUACAUUAAGGGUGAGGUGAUGGAAAAAGAGAAAGAGACUCAGGGCACUGGUCUGGAGAAGGAAGAAGAGGGGAAAACAACGGAGAAGGAGAAUGAAGGGAUGGAGGAGUCAGGCAUGAAGAAGAUCAAGAGGGGAGGAGAGGAGAUGAGUGAGGAAGAGGGGGAUGACAUGAUAGAGGACGACAGAAAGAAAAGACAUGAAUAUGAAAGGGAGGAAGGACUGAGAAAGUUGCUGGAAGAGGAAGAGGAGAGGAGAAAGCAUGAGCAGAAAUCUGGAGAAGAGGAAGAAGAAGAGAAGAGGGGUGAAGAGAAAAAGAGAAAUGCGGAAUUUGAGGAGUGGGAGGAGGGAUUACACAGGAAGCGGGGGGGCAAAAGGAGGCCCACGGAGAGAGAGACAGAAGAGGAGCUGGAAGAACUGGAGAGGGAGAUGAAGCACAUCGACGGAAGGGAGUCGGAGAAGAGGAAGAAGGACGAGAUGAGCGAGGAGGAGGGUGAAAUUGGGGAUGUGGAAAUGAAGAGAGAGGACAAAGAAAGGAAGAGAGAGAAUGGACUGGAGGAGAGGGACCCUCUGCAGAAGCGAGUGAUGGAGAAAGCCAGUCAUGAAGCCAGUGGGCAGUUUCGGAAGAAGGGGUACAGGGGGCACGGCACGGAGGAAGAGAAGAGAAACGAGGAAGAGGAGGAAGAGCAAGAACGCGAGGAAGAUGAGAGAGAGAAGCUGAUCAAGAUCAAGGAAAAGCUGAAAGAAAUGUCUGUGGAGGUGGAGCGCCUGCUUCACGACUGAGUGAAUCGUCGCUGCAAAGUAAGGUGCUGCAGUGGAUGUUCCUGUAGAUAGUUUUCAUUCCUCCUGACCUUUACUCAGGACCCUUAAUUGCUGUUUGGUCUUUAUACCUUUUGUUUCCUCUUUUGCCUACCCUGCUACCCUGGAAGACCGAAGCUGGUAGACUUACACUCCAUAAAUAAACUGCUGGACUCACACACACGCCCACACCAACAGUUCAUAUAUUCCUGUAGAUGUGGGGUCUCUCCAUUCAUUUCUAUGGGCAUAGCCCUAACCCCCACCCAGCCCUGACCUUAAACAAAAGUAACCAAACAAAAUAGAAGACUUGGCAUUCUUAGUUUUUUGAUUGCAUUCACAGAUUUUUAUGAAAAUUGAUGUUUACAUUGUGGGCACCUGAAAAAUGUCCCCACAAGCUAAAAAGUAACAGGUUUUACCUCACUGUGUGGACAUUUGCUCGCCACAAUGUAGGAAAUACAAACCCACACGCACACAAGAAUACACACUCACUUGUGCAUUUUUAAAGGUCAAGGAAAUGCAAAUGGACUCCUUUGAUAUGAAAGUUGUAUCCCUAUAUAUCUUUCAGCAAGAUAUUUUGCACCACCAAACAUGUUGUUGAAGUGUUGAAAUAUUGUGAAUUAUAUGUGUGACAGAAAAAAAAGCUAUAACUAUGGCAAAUUAAUUUCACUACGGUGUUCACUAUGAUGUACCGUCAAUGUGCACUAGUGUUCCUCCAUUGCACACUCUCACAUAAACACACACAUGUCAUCUUUUAUAACCUGUCUCUGACAACGCCACCGUCAUAUCAGGUAACAAGUAUAAUGCAUGUCGUUCUGGUGAUUGUCCAUGUCAACAAAGAUUAGACGUCCAACCAGUUUUAAUCCCAUCCUUAAGGCAAUUAUUAGUUAUAAACACUGGUGACACAAAAGCUUAUUGCAUCACCGUUUUUGAUUAAUAGUUUUAUAAGCACAUUUUAAUCUGAUUCAUAUGCUUAGAUACAGAAUGGAAAUCAACCAAAUGCUAAAUCCGUUACGCCAUGUUUGUACAUAAAUAUCUAUAUAUGAGCUUAUUUUUUAAGUGUAAUGGAAGUUAACAUACAAUAUCCUUUCUCUUUGCAAUAUCUUUGUGACUGGUUAUAUAUGUGACUGUUACUAUAACGACUGUUACCAUAAAGUGUACAUCAGUGUUUCCCAGCCCGGCCCUUGGGAACCCCCAGAAGUCCGCAUUUCUGCUCCUGGGAGGGAGCAAAAACAUGGACUGUCUUGGGGUCCCUGAAGACCGGGUUGGGAAACACUGAUGUACAGGAACAGAACGGGGUUAGUCUGCAUGAUGUCUUUGGCUGAAGUACUGUUAUUGAGACUGUUAUGAGAAAAUGGGAUGUAUAUGGGGAAGAUGAGGUAGCAUUCACACUACCAAAAAGUACAGCUCGCGUGGCAGUGUGCUUUGCUGGAAUUAUUUGUGUAUUCCCUGGGAAGUACUCCAUCCGAUUCUCAGCUUUUGCACUUUUGAUUUCACCUACCAGCAAGAAUACAAUAAGGCCUGACUGUACGCCUGGUUUCUACCGUUUCUGUACAAAUCGCUGUAAACGAAGGUGGCUACAUUUUUGUAACUCCAGAUAAUCAGCCCACUUGUAAGCUUUUAUUAAGGCACAAUGAAUGUACAGAGUUCUGGCCAGUUAUUGCAGAGUGAGAUACUGGGCAAAGGUUCCCCUUUAUGGAGAUAUAUGAGAUAGCAGAUGAAGGAUUUUAUCGUUUUUAGUGAAAGCCUUCAGGGUUUUGCCAAGCAGGGUCAUAUAUCGAGGUGUACUUAGCAAGUAAAUAUAUAUAUUGAGCAUAAAUCCUUAGUGCAUCAAAUGCAUUUAUAUUUUGAUAUAUGAUGCACAUAACAUUUAUAAAGAUGAAUACUAUCAAGCAUGUUUUUAUGUUAAACAUAUAUACCUGAUUGAAGACAACAAGAUACUUUGCUAUAUUUUGGUUUCGGAUGAAAUGUGACAUUAUGUCCAGAGUUUAAUAUGUCAAUGUCGGCUGGUCCGUAGAGGCAGCGGAGGCAGAACCGCCGCUGUUUUGAGAUUAAAUUAUGAAACAAGUAACUCUGAGAUUAAUUUUAUAGUCGUUUAAAACAUUUUCUCUUCUUUGGAAAAGUCCACCAUUGUAAUAUUGUAUAUUGGCCCUUAAAAUCAUCCUAAAUCCCCCUCCCCAGGUUUGUGCUCUUCUUUCAAGAAAGGUUCCCUUUGAAAGUGAAACCACCUUCCAUUGUCUGAACACUUGAUAAAUAAUAAUAAUAAUAAUAAUAAUGUAAACCAAUUUCAUGGUUAAAGUUUCAGUCCAUUUUAAGCAAACUGUGGGGUCUGACAGCUUGGGGCCGGGAGAGUUUGACAUGCGAGGAUGAAAGGAGAUGUUCGCUUGAAUAUGAAAUGCUGCUUUACUGCCUACUGUAUCUUUAACGCUGUCUGAGUUACCAAUAAAUAAAAGCACAAAAGUCA